UUCUUCCUGUUCUUCUCGACUUUUGUACCCUCUCUUUCGAUCUUUUUCCGGCCAAUGGCCACCCAAAACCCUCACGUGGCAAUCCUCCCCAGCCCCGGUAUGGGCCACAUCAUCCCCCUCCUAGAGUUCGGUAAACGGUUAGCCACUCUCAACGGAUUCCACGUAAGCUUGUUCAUCCCAACAACCGAUGCCUCAGCUGCCCAAUCCCACUUCUUCCGCUCCAUAAAUCUUCCCCAAGGCCUUCACAUCAUCCACCUCCCACCGGCCAACGUCUCUGGACUGAUCCCUACCGACGCCACGAUAGAGACCCGAUUGUCUAUCAUCAUUAGAGAAUCAGUCCCCACCCUUCGGUCUGCGCUAGCUGACUUGGCACUGCCCACCAUCCUCGUUGUCGACAUCUUCGGCACCGACGCAUUCUCGAUUGCAGAAGAGCUAAACAUACCUAAAUAUGUAUUCUUCACAUCGACGGCAAUGCUGCUAGCGUUCCUGAUGUAUUUGCCAAAGCUCGAUGUGGAGGUUACAGGCGAGUACGUCCAUCUCCAAGAACCAGUACGGAUUCCCGGCUGCAAGCCUAUCAAGAUCGAGAACUUGGUCGAUGCAUUGCAGGACCGGAAGAACGAUCGGUACGGAUGGAUGUUACACCAUGCACGCCAAUACAGAAUGGCCCAAGGAAUUCUAGUUAACACAUGUGAAGGUCUUGAGCCAAGAACAAUCAAGGCCUUGAGAGAGGACCCGAUUCUAAGGAAAAUCCCAACACCAUCCGUUCAUCCAGUGGGCCCGAUAAUACAAUCAGAAGCUCCAUUGCUUUCAGGAAAAGAUUGUUUGAUGUGGUUGGACCGGCAACCGGAUGAAUCAGUCAUAUAUGUGUCGUUCGGGAGUGGUGGGACACUAUCAGCUGAGCAGAUGACUGAGCUGGCGUGGGGGUUGGAGUUGAGUCGGCAACCAUUCCUUUGGGUGGUCCGUCCGCCUAGUGGAAAUGAGAAAUCAGCAACUUAUUUCACAUCAGGUGGGCGAUGCAACCACCCAUCGGAGUACUUGCCAGAUGGGUUUCUAACAAGGAACCGGGGAAUUGGGUUGGUGGUUCCGUCGUGGGGACCGCAGAGAGAGAUCUUGAGCCACAAGGCGACGGGGGGAUUUCUAACGCAUUGUGGGUGGAAUUCGACACUAGAGAGCAUUGUCUAUGGAGUGCCCAUGAUCGCCUGGCCGCUCUAUGCCGAGCAGAAGCUGAAUGCAUCGACAUUGACAGAGGAGCUCAAGGUUGCAGUUCGACCUAUAGUGUUGCCGGAGAAGGAAGGAGUGGGACGAGAGGAGAUCAAGAGGGUGGUGAGAUUGGUGAUGGACGUUGAAGAUGGAAAGGCCUUGAGGGGCAGGGUGAAGGAGGUGAGGGACAGUGUCUUGAAGGGUUUGGAUGAAGGGGGUUCCUCAUAUAAUUCGCUUUCUCAUGUUGUCGAUGAAUGGAAAAUCAGUCUCCAAACGUCCAGAGGAAACGUAGAGUAGCUGCUUUAUGAAUUAUCUACCCUAAUUUUGUAAGUGGUUUGCUGUUUUCUAUUUUGUUGUUGUUGUCUUAAAUACGUAAACAACAGGGUCUAUCGAUACCAUCGAAGUUCCAUCAAAGAUGCCAGCGAGAAAAUUCAAAAACUUCAUGUUGGUCGAUGAAACUUUUAGUGUUGCUACUUGAUGUUAUCGAAAUAAGUUCGAUGUCAUCGAAGUCCCAUUAAAGAUGUGCGUAGAAUUGUGUAAGUGUGUGAUUUGUUUCCUAUUCCAGUUGUGAUACUUUAUA